AAGAAAUAGUAAUUCUCCCUCGGCCUUCUCUUGUCAAGGUUCGAGUAAAUCUCGAUGUGAGAACCAAUGGCAGACACACAGCAUUACCCUCCACGGGUCUGUCGCAUUUGCCUAGAAAGCGUGCUGCCGACUUUCCAACCCUCAGAAUUCCUCCAGAAGCCUCGAGUGGUUUAUGAAUCUUCCGAUCCAGAAUCUGGCCGUCUGUUAAGCCCUUGUCAAUGCAAAGGCUCCUCGCGUUAUGUUCACGAGGGCUGCUUGCAGUCAUGGCGCCAUGCCGACCCCAAAUAUGGGACGAGAAACUUCUGGCAAUGUCCCACCUGCGGCUUCCAGUAUCGCCUGGAGCGUCUGACUUGGGCUCGGUGGAUCAGUAGCGCCACUACCCAGCUAAUCCUCACACUCGGCAUUCUUUUGUUAACCGUAUUCCUGCUUGGAUUCAUUGCUGACCCCAUCAUUGAUUUUUACUUGGGCCCCACGGAUGUUUACGCCGAAUUGGUCGAGGAAGAUGCCUCCUGGUUGGGACACUUUCUCAAAGGACUCGCGUCUUUAGGCCUGUUGUCGUUCCUCAAGACCAUAUUUGCGCUGUCGCCUUUUCCCUGGAAUCUCCGGUCUGUCGCAUCAGGGCGCAAUUCGGGCCGUAACCGGGCCGCCCAGUUGAACUGGCUAGUGGUCAUGGUUGGCAUCGGUACUUUCCUUUGGGCUGUCUACAAAGGUGUUCGGUCAUGGAGUAGACGAACGCUCGAAAAGGCUGGCGAACGAGUCAUGGACGUCCCAAUACCAGGUGACGAGAAUGAUAUGGAUGUCCCAGUACCGGACGACGUUGGAAUGAAGGAAGAAUAGUUCCAAGCAACGAACUCGCACUACUUAAGUUGCCGUCCUCCUCUGCCCCAUGAGACGUCGAUUAGUCAAUGUGCGAAGAACAAUAACUGCCUUCGUUAACUCUUGAUUGUCUGCCUGAGAAGCAAAUGAUUGGCUCGAGAACGUCUUGUUCUCAAGUCAUUCGCUGCUUCAUCAAUCAGGCAGCGUUCUUGGGGAAGACAGUCCACCACUCAAUUGUAAAGGAGCGUUCUGACCCUCGAGUCUGAUCUAUUAGCGCUUUUGGAUUGAGCAGCGGUAAAUUCAUGUAUAGUCAUACUUCCUAUUCAAUCUUAUUGUCAUAUUGUCACAUUGUCUAUUGGCUAUUGUCCAUUGUCACGCGCGCGUCUUAUUCAAUAACUUCAAUGCAUAAUUAUGGCAGCAGUCUG